AUGACAAAACCAAGGUUAUCUCUCUUUUCACUUCCUACUGAAACACUCCUUCAAAUUAUUUCCUUCCUUGGUUCUGCACAUCUUAAACAACUUUCACUUACUAGUCGUUCCUUACAUUCUCUUACCCCCAACUAUCUUUUCAAAACUGUAGUUGUUUACAAUAUUUCACGUUUCUUUUUACAAAAACUAGUACCAAAAUAUGGUCAACAUUUUAGAACUUUGAACGUUCAAGGUCGAGCUUCUCAAGAAUUUAUAGAUCAACUGGCCGCUUUAUUAAAAAUAUUAGACGAUUACUGUGAUCGCCUCGAAAAUUUUAAUAUUAUUGUGUUAGAACAAAAACCCGGACUAUUAGAAAUUAAUGCACCCUGCUUUAGUCAAAGUCUUUAUAGAUAUAGAUCCAAAUCUUUAAAAUUAACAUGUUCCGCUCAAUUAAUUACUUUUUUGGAUUCAUCGGAUUUAGGUCUAUUGGUACAUGCAGUAAUUCAAUCAGUUUGGUCAUUAAAUCAUUAUACUGAAAUAUAUGGUUCCCAAAUUACAAGGGCUCGUUUAUCUUUUGAAGGUUUAUCUGAUGUUUGGGUAUUAGAAUUAUUUAAUAAUUGUCCUAAUUUACAAGAAUUGGUUUUAGAAAGAAAAUAUUUAGAUGAUAAUAUUGAAAUAACUGAUGCUACUUUGAAAGGUUUAUGUGAUCUUUCAAAUACCUUAAAAUCACUCUCUUUCAUUUCGGAAUGUAACUCUCCAGUUACAGAAUAUUUUACUCCUGCUGGUUGGAAACGAAUGUUAAUCGGCACCCCUAAUUUAGAAAAGUUGGAUAUUUCAGGGCUUGAUUUGUACUUUACUGCUAAUCUAUUACCUUUAAUUGCUGUUCAUUAUAGAUCUCGACCUUUAUGGUUAAAAUUAACAAACUUGUUAAAUCAUUUACCUUCUCGAUAUAAACAUGAACGAGAACUCAUGAAUUUGAUUGUUCUCUGUAAAAACAAUUUAUUAUCCCUUGAAUCAAGUUAUAUUACAGAUGACGUUAUUAGAUGUUUAGCUAUGUAUUCUCCAGGAUUAAUUAGAUUAUGUUUAAAUGGUGAUUUACUUAAUAAUAGAAAAUUAUCUUUAGAUCUUAUUGAAAAACGUCUUGUAAAUUUGGAAACUUUUUAUACUUGGAAUUUAAUACCAGAGAAAUGGCCUAAUGAAGUUAUUUCAUAUUUAAGACGUGCUAGUGUUGAUAGUCAAAUACGUAACAGGUCACGUCGCGUUUUUUCCAUCAAGAAACAUGGUCAAUUGAUUAUUAUAGCCAUAUUUUUCUUAAUUUCUUAUUAUUUUACAACUCAGGAGGAAAUUAAGUAA